AAUAGAUGUAAAUUGUUGUUAGAAUUCUUUACAAGGAUCGUCUGAUAGUAUAAAAUGAAGAAAAUUGUUAAUGAUUCAUUAGUUUAGUGUCUACUUUAGAAGUUAACUUCAUGAGUGCGUUAAAAAGGGAUUUAUAAUUUAAUGAUGAAGCUCCUGAUAGCUGUGGUGCUGAUUUUAGUGGUGCAAAUCGGAGGUCAAGUGGACACUGGUAGAUUCAACUCCGUCAACAUUGACGAGGUUUUGGCAAACAAGAGGCUAUUGGCUGCUUACAUAAAAUGCGUUUUGGACAAAGGACGGUGUACCCUAGAGGGUAAAGAGUUGAAAUCUCACAUAACAAAAGCGCUGCAGCAAGGCUGCGACAAUUGCACGGACGAGCAAAAAGAGAGCGUACGUAAAGUCAUCGGCCACCUGGUGAAGAAUGAACAGGCGUACUGGAAGGAACUGGUGGAGAAGUACGAUCCAGAAGGUGUAUAUUCAAAGAAGUAUGAAGACGAACUGCAAGCCAUAAAUAAAUAAAACAAUACUGAUGGAAAAAUUAAAUGAUAGACUUAAGCGCAUUUAGGAAAUGGGUUUCACCUUAUAUGUAACGUCAUAUUCUCGUACCUGUUACAGUUUGUGCGCUGCAGAAUGGUGCGGGUGACAGUUGCCUUAUUACGUUCAUAAUAUGUACUAUUAUCGUGAAUCGCGUCAAACUUUCAAGAGUGAAUUGAACUGUCGACCGCACCAUGAUACAGCGCACAUAGUGUAGGAUAAAUAUGUCGACCACCUGAAAAGCUGUUGAAAAGUGAAGUGAAGCUUAGGAAAUGGCUUUUUUAGAUGCUCUCGUUAUCAACCCAUAUUCGGCUCACUGCUGAGCUCGAGUCUCCAAAAUGAGAGGGGUUAGGCCAAUAGUCCACCAUGCUGGCAGACUUCACACACGCAGAGAAUUAAGAAAAUUCUGUGGUAUACAGGUUUCCUCACGAUGUUUUCCUUCACUAAAAAGUUUGAGGGCCAUGUGAAUCGGAUUCGAACCCACACCCUCCGGAAUCGGAGGCAGAGGUCAUUAUCCACUUGGUUAUCACGGCUCUUUAUAAUAAAAAAAACUAAAUAUACUUUAUUAAAACUAUAUAUACUUACAUAAAUAUAUAAUGUAAGUAAAUACAAAAAUGUGGAUCAGUUUUUGAUUUGAUUUUGUAAGUACGUAAUCUAUCUAUAGUAUGAAAUUGUCAGUGGGUUAUGUUCUAUCUGCAGAAAUAUGAGAACGAAAUGAAAGCCAUAUAAGUAAGGAUACUGUUAAAAAAUAGAAAUGGUAGAAUUUCGAAAUGACCUAAAUAGUAGGUAUCUCUGUAUGCGACGUUCGUCGACUAAAAUCCGGUUGGAUACGUAUGUUUUAAGUAAUGAAAUCGCUCCGUCUGCUUCAUAAAAGUAAUUGCUGUGAUUAAGUGAUGUUCUACAGUAAAAAUGUGUGCCUGGGUAAAUUUAAUUUCCAAUUAAAAUUAAAUGAUAGUAAUUUUAAUUAAGAUAUUCUUAGUGUACAUUGUAAUUUUAAUUAAGAUAUUCUUUGUGUAUAUUUUAUGUUGUUGACGUUGGGGUCCUAAAGUGCUGGAAUGGACCCCAGGUGGGGGGUCGACCCCAGGUAGGGGGUCGAGCAACACUGCCACCACUGAGACAUCAAGCGAGUCGUAGAGAGCCGCUGGAUGCUGGCGGCUCGAGACCGUUGUGCUUGGAGGUCCAUGCAAGAUGCCUAUGUCCAGCAAUGGCCGUCCAUCGGCUGAUAAUGAUAAUGAUAAAUAAGAAUAAUCUUUUACAAUUUUUUAUUAAUAUUGGUACACUGCAAACACUUAUUGUAAAGUCCUGCUAAUAUUAUAAACGCAAAAGUUUGUAUGGAUGUUUGGAUGUAUGUUUGGAUGUUUGUUACUCUUUAACGCCGCAACUACUGAACCGAUUUGGCUGAAAUUUGGAAUGGAAAUAUAUUUUACUCUGGAUUAACACAUAGGCUACUUUGUAUCCUAAAAAAAUCCUUGGAUUCACGAGAUUUACAAACCUUAUGAUUUUGAUGGUAUGAGUGUUCGUUACUCUUUCACGCCUCGACUACUGAACCGAAUUAGCUGAAAUUUGGCAUUAAGAUAUAUUAUAGCAUGGAUUAACACAUAAGCUAAUUUUUAUCCCAGAAAAGUCCACGGGAUUUGUGAGAAACUAAAUUCCACGCGGACAAAGUCUAGUACGUUUUGACGGCCUCCGUGGCGCAGUGGUAUGCACGGUGGAUUUACAACACGGAGGUCCUGAGUUCGACUCCUGGCUGGGAAGAUUGAGAUUUUCUUAAUUUGUCCAGGUCUGGCUGGUGGGAGGCUUCGGCCGUGGCUAGUUACCACCCUACCGGCAAAGACGUACCGCCAGCGAUUUAGCGUUCCGGUAUGAUGCCGUGUAGAAACCGAAAGGGGUGUGGAUUUUCAUCCUCCUCCUAACAAGUUAGCCCGCUACCAUCUUAGACUGCAUCAUCACUUACCAUCAGGUGAGAUUGUAGUCAAGGGCUAACUUGUAAAGAAUAAAAAAAAACGAUA